CUAUUCACGGCAAGACGAUUGAGAUCGGAUUUACAAUAAACAAGUUCACCUAAUCUACUCCAGGUGGCGUAUACUCGGCGAAUGCUAUCCUGGUUGCUCCCACUCUAUGGUCCGCGUUGACGUAUGUCCGCCGGUGGUUCUGUCGAAGUUCGGUGUUCUAUCAGCUAAUCUCCAAAGUCCAAUUGUCAAAUUUCGCCGGGUGGUUCCAAAUUUCGAUUUCCAUUUCCAUCGGUGAAAGAAAUGCCGGAAAAUAGUGGAAACAGUGCAGGACGGAAUCUUCAAAGGUGGACUUCGCAAAGCCGGCUCCGGGCACAUGUCAUGGGGGUUAACAGUUACCAAUAUCGUCCAACCAGGGUAGUUUGGAAUACUGGACAGCGUCGUUGGCUCCCCCCUGUGACGGUGGUGCGAUUCUCCGAUGGUGUUGGAGUCAGCAGGAGUUGUAGGUUGCACGAAAAGGAGAGAAAAGCAUUUAGUAUACUGAUAUCCUGGAGCAGAGGGAUAACAGGGUGUACGGUGGAAUUUCGGAAGAAACGGUUUUGGCCACAUAGUAGCACCUCGGACAGGCCUGGGUCGUCUUCUUGGACGUCUUCCGGGGGAGCGGUUCCUUCUUCUGAACUGGAGCGGUCUUCCGGGGAAGCGGUUCCUUCUUCGGAACUGGAGCGGUACGAAGCUUCUUGUUUCCUGGACCGGUAGGAGACGGUGUUGGAUCUUUCUUCUUCGCACCUCCACAUGGACAAUCCCGGGAGAGGGUGCCCAACAGACCACAGCGGCUGCAGAACAGGGUGGGGGUUCUGCUACAGGUGGCUCUGGUGUGUUCCCCCUGGCCGCACCUCCAACACAAACCCGGGCGGAGCUCUACGUAUACCUGGGGGCCCAUAGUCCCAACGGUUCUGGUGUUUGGGGGAUUCAACGGUGCUGGAUGGGACCUUCUCCCUGGGCGGUGUUGUCCCUGGUAGUCUCGCCGGUCCGAGCGCUGGGGACGGUGUUGUGGAGCAACCGGCGGCGAUAUUCGGCGUCGGGCGGAGGAAUGCCUUCGCUGCUCCCAA